AUGUUGGAAUCACUUGUGAAGCAGCAUCCAUCGCAUGAUCUGUAUGUAUGGCCAGGAUCAGUACCUUUGCUGAAUAAUAAGGGGCUCUACUUUUUGCUUACUCGGCGAGUGGACCAGAUGCUUAUCUAUGAGACAAGCCUUAUCGGAGGCAUUGAAUUUCUUCCGGACGGAAACUAUAAGCCAAAACUGAUCAGGGUGGAUGACUCUGCAGUGAAGUGA